AUGAUUGAUGGCUCGUCCAAUUACGAGCUUCCAAAAACUAUUCAAACCAUUCUCAAGCGGAUUCUACUUAAUACGUGCAACACUAUCAAUGGUGUCACACCAAACUGUCGUCAGUUGGGCUUCUACAGUCUCCAUCCUGUUAUUACUCCAAGACCAAUCAAUAAAUCAAUACCAAUCACCCGCGAUAUGGACUAUGUGAUUAUAGCGAGCUGGGCGGUUUGGGAAUGUCUGAGUAGUGGUCAAAUCGCGGCCAUACUUACGAGUUCUAUCAAUCCGCAAGUGGCCGCUAAGACGAUUCAGGACUCACUACAAGCUUGCGAUUAUACUGGUAACUCGUGCAUAGUAGUUAUACGACUACUGAAACCAGAGCUGGCAUUUCGAAAUGCCCCACCAUCACCAGCAGUAUUCACUCCAGUGGCGAUUCCCCCAAUGAGGGUCGAAAAGGCCAACGAGCAGGAGUCGACCCUACAGAAGAUUGAGCAGAGGUAA